UCUACCUCCAACACCACACGUGCGUCUUGCGCGGUCACCUGAACAUCGUCGAAAUGAGUGACGACGAGCAAUCUGUUGCGAGAGCAGCUAUCUCGCGGACACUACAAGCUUGUCAAAGAUGCCGCUCGUUGAAGACCCGCUGCUUACCGAGCAGCCAGCCAGGCACGUGUCAACGUUGUAUGACUGGUGGACGUGAAUGCGCAUGGGCCGAUGCUCCUCGUAGGGCUAGAAAGCUACGAGCACCGUCACGCAUCUCGCAGGUCGAACACAAGAUCGAUGGGCUUGUUGCGAGUCUUGUCAACCCACCUGCAACGCUGUCCAAAACCCCGGUAUCUGCACCGGUCUCUGAAGAGUGUGAACGUCCACCGCUAUUAGGAGGCGACUUCGCACCACAUCCAAGCCGAAAGGGGAGACCUAGAGCACCUGGUACUUGGCUCCCUUUUCCUUCGUCGUUCGAGCAGCAACCUGAACCUGCAGAGACACCUGCACAGCAAGGAGCGGAAGGUGAAGACGCGGCUGAUCGUCAUUACAUCGAACAAAUCCGCUCCAUACACAGCUUUGGUGAAAAUGAUGACGAUUGCGAGUUCUCGGAAUGUACUUCGAAGCCAUCGACACGGCGUGAAGAACCAAUCAAAGACAACCUUAUUGAUGACCUUGUAGCUUCAGGAGAAGCAGACGUUCUAUUGCGUGAGUACAGAAAGAUGUCGAAUUCUUUUCCGUUCGUACCUUUGGCUCCAGACACCACAGUGCAGCAGCUUAACCACGACGCGCCUAUGCUCUUCCUUGCAAUGAUAACUGCUGCAUCAUGGAGAGAUCACAAGGUUCAGAAGUCUCUGGAUGCCAUUUACCGACAAGAACUCGCUCAUCGUACAAUCAUAAAGCCACGAAGAAAUCUCAGUCUCGUACAAAGCGUGCUUGUAUAUCUGUCAUGGUACCACUAUGUGUUCUCCCACAAAACCCAGCAAAUCUUCUUCCUCCAUCAUCUGGUCAUUGGACUUGCACUUGACAUCGGUCUCCAUCGCGACACGCGGUCCUUGUUGUUUGUGCGCCUAAAAAAACCAGAUCAAGUCCAACCCCAAAUGAAGCGUGAACGUCAACGUACAUUUCUAGGUUGCUAUUAUCUCGCUUCCAUGCUCUCCGCGUCUAUGCAAAAGCCGAACUUACUUAAGCACAAUUCCGACAUGACCGAAUGGGCGCAAGAAUUAAAAGACUACAGAGAGUAUCCCACUGACGAAGUGCUUGGUCAUCUCAUCUCACUUCGACAGAUAGAGGACGAGAUUCAAGACACACUUUUCACUGGAUGCGGUGCAGAUGCUCAACUCACCGACACUCGUGUGGUGAUGCAUAUGCGCUUUCUAGAAACCCGGCUCGAUGCCUGGAAACGGGACAGCGAGGGUGUAACAUGCCAGCGAAUGCUUCUCUUGUCUCAUGCAUUCGCUGACAUGACGCUACACUCAAUUGCGCUUCGUCCCUUGCUCAAGUCCACGCAGCCGCCAGCGGACAAUAGCAUUCACAUUAAAGCGUUGCUCUCAGCUUUGGAGGCAGGGAAGCGUUUUUUCGAUACUUUGUUGUCCGAACCGGCAUCUGAUUACUAUCUCCUUUCCUUUCCGGAGUGGAUGCGGUUUCCAGCGGCCAUGAUGACCGUUGCAAGACUGUGCAUCCCCACUGAUGCGCAUACUAUGGUGGGUUGGGAUGUGCAAGCAGCGCAGAAUCUGGUGCGACUGGAAAUCUGUCUCGAAGCUCUCUGUUAUCGAUUCCAGAACCUUUCAGCCUCUGACAAGGCCACACUGACUCGUCCUAGCUUUUGGUGGGCCAUGCGAUAUUUGACGGAUCUGACCCGAACCUGGUACGUCCGAAAGCUUAGUCCUCAGACACAAGAUCGUGGCUCGAGUCGCCCUACACCGAACAACGAUACUGCAAAUAGUCUCUUGCGUCUGGGUCCUGGAGCCCUACCGACACCCCCAGACGGAGGCUUGCAAGAUCAUUUCGCCGACUCUGCACACACGGACUUUGGCGGUGAGGACAUGGAUAUCGGCGCCAAUGUCGAUAUGGGCAACGAUCCUUUCGCGUUUGCAAGGUCCGCGGAUUUCGACAUGGAGCAAUUCUUCGACAUGGGAAUAUGGGGAGACGAAGCAUACCACAGCAUGGGUUUCGGGGACAUGGCUUUCUGAUCCAUCCGUCCGGCGAGUUUGGAAACGACCGGAGUUUACUGGAAAGUCAUGUGUAGCACAAACAGGAAUCUCGGCCUUAAAUGUCGCGAAUACCUUGUCGAUCAUCUCCCACCCCGCAAGGU